AUGGAUCGGGGCAAAGAGACGUCUAGGUAUAGGCAGACAUGUAGCGGCGAAUCGGACAAGGUUAGAGUUGCACGUCUGAAGCGACUGGACCCCCGUAUCUGCGUAUUCGAUGCAGUAGCGUUGCCGGACCCGUUGACGGUUCAGUGUCCCAUGUUUCUUUUCUGCAGCCUGGACUCUCCCGUUUGGAUCAUCAUUUCUCUUAUCAUCUCUCCUUUCCGUCUGCCAUGGCUUUUGCCUUUUGCCCUUGUUCUUGUUGAUCUUGAUCUUGAUCUUGCUGUUGUUGUUGCUGCUGCUGCGACAACAGCUUCACGGCAUGCCAGACGACGCCACCAUCGAGGCAGCACCCCCCCUUCUCUCCCCCUCCUCCUCCUCCUCCUCCUCCUCCCCCCACAUCAGCCCUGUACGACCAUGCUGGGAAGACGACCAUCGAUGCACCAAGACCACGGCGAACAACAACCCACGGCCCUCGCCCUCGAAGAAAAGGACGGCGACAACAGCAGCAGGGCCAAGGGCGUUGCAUUCGCCAGUCACCAUUAUGAGGGCAUUCACGCCGGGGACUCGCGCAGUGCCUCUAUGAGCUCGAGCUCGAGCGCCUCAAGCUCAAUCUCAAAUUUGCAGUCUCCAUCGUACAUGGACUCCUCGUCGUCGUCGGACGAAAGCGCCAGGCACAAUACGCUGCUCUCGGCCUCCUCCAUCUCGGCCUAUUCCAUGACCAUGACGUCGACCUCGGCCAAUACCACCCACCAUGACCGGCCCGGCGCCGUGACGCUGACCACAGAACCACCAAGUACUAACACCAUCGCCAGCACCAGCACCAGCGCGCCCUCCUCAGUGCAUGCCCACCCUAGCCUUGCCUUGCUUGCUCUCGUCUCCAACUCGGCUUCAUCGUCUGCCCUUCCAGAUCGCUUCGAUGUCAACGUCUCGCGGAAAGGCGGCUUUGUGGCCGUCUAUUCAGCCUCACAUCUAUGGCUGAUCAAGACCGAGGCCCUGCCGCGCCUCUUUGCUAGGACGCUGCAGGUCAAGCGCAGGCCCAUCGCCGUCGACGUCACCGAGGAUGGCUGCUUGCUGGCCGUGCUGUCGCGCCCGUUGCAGGUCGACCUGUACGAGAUUCACGGCCGCCAAGCCCAUGAUCAGAUGAUUACCAAGAGGAGGACCAUUUCGCUCGUGCACGAAGCCACUUCUGUCGUCAUCUCGCCCGACGCUCGUAUCCUCAUCACGGGCAACAAGUUCGGCAUCGAGGUCGUUGCCAUUGGGCCCCAAGCGCCUGAGACGGCGCGCCGGACCCUGUCUGCGCCGGCGGGAGAUGGCCUCGAGUUCUCAGACGACGGUCGCACGCUGCUCAUCACAGGCUAUGCCAGAAAGUCGGACGGCUCCGCCCUGUUUGUGCUGCCUGGCCUCUACGAUGGGCCGCUCACAGAAGAAGGGGAGCCAAUUCCUCAACCGCCCGAGGCCGCUUGGACAGGCUCCGUGCUCUUCCCCGAAUCUGCCAGGACAGCCCGACAGGCCACACUCCUGCCAGAUGCGGAUACAGGCACCUUCAGCGAACUCUUCGCUUUCAACGCAGAAGAAGACUCAUGGGGCAUCUACGACAUUGCCUGCCAACGCUUCACGCCGAGAAAGAUGUUCCUGCCAGACCACCAGCCUUGGACACGCUCGGAUUUCCUAGAUGAUGCCAUGCCUGCUGUCUCGCCGAAUGCUGAUCUCGCAGCAGUUGCGCUUCGUAUGCGCGGCACCACCAACAUUUGGGUUUACGAUGUCCCUGGCUGGGACUACAAGCCGAGCAGCAACAGCAAGGCUUUGCUGGAUGCGCCCAUAAAGCCUUGCUUUUGUAUUCCCAUACCCAAAGACGACGCAACCACCCUACAAGAGAUUUGUGCCCUGCGAUGGCUCAGGCUCAAUGCACAUGUACAACGCCUCGUCGCUGUUGGCAAUUCCACUGUUCUACCAGGGAAAAACGAUGUACCUGAUGCCCCUCUUGUCUCAAAAGGCCUCCUCGUCAUCCUCGACUUUGACAAGAGGAAACCGGCUGGGAGCCCCAUUCCCGCUCCAGUCAAGAUAGAAUAUGAUCUCGACCCUCUCUGUCCCGGCGAACGGCUCCCAGAAGGCUCGAUCCCCUUUGACCGCGAAGUCGAACUCGUACGAACCCGCACCAUGGCGCAACAUGGAGCACAAGACCAAGAUGCGGCCCUCGCCCGCCGCUCCUCAAGGCUCGGCUCAACACCUGUUCAUCACACUCGCACCACGCCUCUCCGCCCCCCGCAACGCCCACGUCUUGCCCCGGAAGAUUCCGAGGAACUCACCCCCGAAGAAGCACAGGCCAUGUUUGAAGCGCCCUAUGACAACCAACAGCCACGAUCGCACAUGUCACUUGCGCGCGCUGCCACUGUGGCGGCAGCAAGUCCCGCGAAUCGACAACAUCUCCGCGCCUUGCCUUCUAGGCCGCUCGAGUAUAGAAGAGCAGACGGAACAAGGGAGUUGCCUCAUGAGAGCGAUGCGGAUAACUGGGUCCCGCCUCCGCCAGCCUACACGCCUACUGCGGCGGCAGCAGGGAGCGUUAGUCUCAGCCAUCCCAAUGUACCGCCUGUCCCACGACUGGCAAUACCACGCCCAUCGACGUCUUCGAAUGCCAUACCACCAGUCCCUUCAUUACCAGACAUGAACACAUUGGCCCAUCUAGCAAACUUCUCCCUAUCAAAUGCACAUUCUCGUCAUUCACCCGUUGCCUCCGGUAUCCCGAUAUCACCUCCACUCAGUCCAAGGGAGAGAGAGCGACGCCCCUCCCUUCUCCACCCGUCCACAUAUCCAAGCCCGCAAUCCUACUCGACUCCACAAUCUCCAAACUCACCAUCCCUAUCUCCACGAAGAUGCGGCUCAGCAAACCCCACAACUUCACACCCAUACCCCGCGAACCCCUCGCACAUACCAUCCCGGCGACCCAUCUCAGGUGGCAGGAGGGCAGUAGAAAGCAGCAUCGACGUCCGACCGCCCCCUCUUCUGAAUCCUGACCUAGACAUGACAAGAAGAGGAUCCGCACCCACCCAACCUACCCAGCGCCGCCCCACCUUUAGCCAUACCACCAACCUAAGAAGCAACACGCUACCUCCCCCCUCUCCCUCUCUCCUCUCCCCCAACCUCCCCCACCACCCGAGUACCCCACGCCUCCACCCCUCGCUCCCUCGUCUCACAUCACCCUCCGAUCGCACACGCCAUCCCAGUAUUCCCAGGACUGCGCCGCCGCGCUCGCAGUCGCAGCAUCUGGACCUCGCGUAUCGGUUCACGCGUGCGAAUGGAGGUGGCGCACCCGAUGUGGCGGCUGGAUUUUCUUAUUCACAGAGUGUGCCGGAUUUGGGGGCAAGGGUAGAGGGGGCGGGAGAGGAGGUGAGGAGCAAGGGGAGGAGGGGGAGGAGGGUUGGGUGCGUUGUUAUGUAG